AUGGCUAUCUAUGUUGAUGAUAUCAUCAUCAUUGAGAGUGACACAUUAGAGAUCUACCAUUUAAAGACACAUCUUGAUACUACUUUUAGUAUCAAAGAUCUUGGCCAACUUAGUUACUUCCUUGGGAUUGAAGUUACACAUCUCUCAGAUGCUCUUUACAAAUCAUUGGUUGGGAAACUGAAUUUUUUGACUUAUACUAAGCCAGAUUUGGCUUUUGCAGUUCAAACUUUAAACCAAUAUGUUGCAAGUACCAUUGGUCAAACCAUUUUGCUCAGGGCUACUAAUUCUCUUUCUUUAAUAGCUUAUUCAGACUCUGAUUGGGCUAGUUGUUCUAGUACCAGACAUUUUGUUACUGGUUAUAUUGUCCUUCUUGUAGGAUCUCCUAUCUCUUGGAAAUCUAAGAAACAAGGGACAGUUUCAAAGUCAUCUUCAAAAGCUAAGUACAAGGCCCAAUCAUCUGCUGCUUCUAAGAUAACAUGGGUGGUUAGAUUACUUGAAGAACUAGGUCUCUCAAAUCUCAAGCUUGUUUCUUUGCACUGUGAUAAUCAAUCUUUUAUUCACAUAGCUAAAAACCCAGUGCAUCAUGAGCAUAAGACAAAACAUAUUGAAAUUGAUGUACACUUCACCAAGGAUAAAGUGCUAAAAGGGUUACUUGAGCUUAAUUAUCAUCCCACCCACCAACAACUUGCUGAUGUCUUCCCUAAGGCUAUUUCAAGACCUUAG